AUGGGUGCUUGUGGAAGUAAAGAGUCGUCGGCCGAGGACUCCGAGCAGAAGAAGAGGAGCCAGGCCAUAGACAAGAAACUCGAGGAAGACUCGCGGAGAUUACGACGAGAAUGCAAGAUCUUGUUGCUCGGAUCCGGAGAGAGUGGGAAGUCGACAAUCGUGAAGCAGAUGAAGAUCAUCCAUCAAAAUGGCUACACGCAAGAAGAGAGGGCUCUAUAUCGUCUUACAAUCUACAAGAACUUGAUUGACUGUAUGAAGGCCCUCAUAGGCGGCAUGCAGCAAUUCGAAAUUGAACCAGAAGACCCAACGGUGAAGGAUUAUGUCGAAUUCAUCAUGGAAUAUAAUGUGGACCCGGAUCCGGACAAACCCCUGGACCCGAAGGUGGCCGACGCAGUCGAAGCCAUUUGGAAGGAUGAAUCAGCUUCGAAGACAAUGGAACGCCAAAGUGAAUUCUACCUGAUGGAUUCGGCGCCAUACUUUUUCGAAGAAGUCAGGCGCAUCGCUGCCCCUGACUACAUACCGAAUGAGGCGGAUGUAUUACGCGCACGUACAAAGACUACCGGCAUCUACGAAACGAGGUUCACCAUGGGCCAAUUAAGCAUACAUAUGUUCGACGUGGGCGGCCAACGGAGUGAACGAAAAAAAUGGAUUCAUUGUUUCGAGAACGUGACAUCCAUCAUCUUUUGCGUAGCUCUGAGCGAGUAUGACCAAGUCUUGUUGGAAGAGUCAAAUCAGAAUCGAAUGAUGGAAAGCCUGGUACUUUUCGACUCGGUGGUGAACUCCAGAUGGUUCAUGAGGACAAGUAUUAUUCUCUUCCUCAACAAGGUGGACUUGUUCAAAGAGAAGCUGGGCCGGUCGCCGUUGGGAAAUUAUUUCCCUGAUUACUCUGGCGGCAAUGAUGUCAACAGGGCCGCCAAAUAUCUGCUUUGGCGGUUCAACCAAGUCAACCGCGCACAGCUGAACCUUUAUCCUCAUCUUACUCAGGCGACAGACACGACGAAUAUUCGGUUGGUCUUUGCCGCGGUCAAAGAAACCAUCCUUCAAAAUGCUCUGAAGGAUUCGGGGAUUUUAUGA